AUGUCAGAAGUCGCCAAAUGCGAUCCGACAGUGAUCACCUAUGCUGGUCGCAAGGACAAAGGCGCUGACACUAUGCAGUAUAUAACGCUACCACAAGUUCACUUUCAGAAUUUGUUUUUCUCAUCGAGACGAGGUGAAGCUCUUCCGUUUGAACUAGGAGAUCCAGUGGGAGUACGAGCGCCUCUCACAUGGGGAGCGCUAGAAGGCAAUUACUUUAAGUUGACAUUUGUAGGUCAGCCGAGGAUUAUCGGCAACUCUAAACACGAUGAGGUUCUCACCAAGAUUAGAGACUCUGGUUUCGUGAACUUUUUUGGUUUGCAACGCUUUGGUGCUCCUCGUUUUAACUCUCCUGUAGUCGGUCGCUACUUGGAAAACGGGGAGCAUCUCGAAGCUGUUGUUGCGAUGCUCAUCGGCCUCUGCCCUAAAGGUCGCGAAUGGACUGCACUUAAGCUCACCAACGGUGCCAUUCGUAGUGUUUAUGAAUCUCUGAGUAGUGGUUAUGAAGGUCAUGAAAUGCGACUCCUUCUCGCGAGAGCUGCAAAGCAAGAGGACGUCGAUUGGCAAAGGGCGAUCAGUUCUCGGCAAUGGUCAACUUAUGUUCACGCUUGGCACAGCCUUCUGUGGAACUACAUGGUCCAGUUCAGAGUGAAUGAGUUCGGCACCAACCCUAUCGAGGGAGAUAUGGUUAUCAACGGUCCUGGCGGAUCUGUUCAUCACUUUCCCCCCUACAUCUGGGACGGUCAGAAGCAGAGCUCAGUCGCUUGCCACGUGUGUCUCCCACUACCGGUGAACAGUUGCUUGAAACCUCACAAUAAGACCGGUGAGUUUCUUGAUAAACUCAUGAGGGAAUUCGGCAUUUCCUCUUUUAACGGCAGAGGGAGCUCAGCAAAGGAGGCCAGGGAGGUUCUUGUUCGACCCACUGGCUUGAAAUGGACGAGGCCGCAGAAAGACGCUCUCGAGGUCAGCUUUUCCCUUCCACCAGGGUGCUUCGCCACAGCUCUCGUACGUGAAUGGUUGGGCCAUAAUUUCUAUCAGCCACCCAUGGGGCAUGACGGUCUAAUACUGCCUAGUGAAUGCAAAGACGAGCUGAGACGUAUAUGGAGAAAAAUAGCAUGCAUCACUGAUGAGAUCGUAUGA